CUUCUCCUUCAUUGUUGAAGUGUUAGUAGUGAAGUUCUUCGAGAUGCCUGUCCUCUCCAUCUACCGUGUCACCCUGUCUUUCCCGCCCAAGGGGAACAUCAGUCACACUGGCCUUCUGGUCUCUACGGAAAACCCUCCCUUUGAGACUGCUUACCUGACUACUGAGGAAUGUUUUCAACUUAUGUCCAUGAUCAUGGUUGUGGUCCUCAUGCUUUAUAUCAUCGUCUUCUACAAAUUCUUUUGGAAAUUGUACAAAGCUCUGAGGGCAACUGUUUACAGCUGCCUUGCCACCUGCUUUAGAAAGUGUGGGUUUAACGUGCCCCGUGCUGACCCCUACAACAACCUUGUAGAGGAAGGGCUAGUUAUUCACGUAGUCCAUCCUAAGGAGCAAAAGGUCCAGACAUACCAUUGUGAGGGGGGCCGUGGAGUUCUUUAAAUAAAGGAUUCAGCCAGGCACAGAAAAUAAUUUAAACCCAAACUGCCACCCUACCUCUAUCUCAUAAGUUACAAAUAAUUAUAUACAUACUGUAUUAAUCUUUCUAAGGCCUCAAGUAUGGAAAUCAUAAAAAUUUUAUAUAAUUCAAGCAAAAUUUGGUAUGUUUGUUCCAAAUUUUUAGAGAUAUGGAUCAUCGAUUACAAGUAUUUUAGUAUAGUUUAAAUUUUAUGCAGAACUUUUGGUUAGGAAAAUCUACGUUUUAAAAUUUUAUUUCUAGAUAUUAUUUUUUUAAAUUCUAAUUAUUGUAACUUUUUUAAUUUGUUACUGUACUUUAAAUCGAAUUUUUGUUCAAAUUGUUUGAUCCAGAGUCCUAAAAGCCUUGUAUGCUCUUGCAUGCGUAAGAGGUAGAGUGGCAAUGGGUGUCAUAUAUGUAGUGUUUUAUAGAAUUGUAGUAAAUAUAGAUGAGCAUCCACAAA